AUGCCCUCGAGUGACCGCGAGGCGGAGGCCUCCCGCCUCGUCCCGUCGCCCCCCGACAAUCCCUCAGAGGAAAGCAGCUUUGCCGGCGGCAGACCAUCCGCGCACGAGCCGGCAGACGAGCCGGCAGACGAGGCGGCAGACGCGAUGGAGGACGGCAGCAGUCUGCUGCGCAGCGACGGGGACUCGGCUGGAAGCGCGGGCGGCGGGCGUGGCGGAGGCGCAUCCUCCUCGUCCUCUUCCUCCGCGCUCCCCGCGUCGUCGAGUCGCGCGCGCCGCCCCAUGCAGGUGGAGCGGCACGACGACUUGGAGCCGCGGUCGCGCCUGUCGUCGCUGAUAGACGCGGCGAAGCGCAACCGGCUGUCGUUCGCGGCGGUGGCGGCGGCCGCCGUGGUGCUCCUGGGCUGGAUGCUCUCCGCGCUGCUCGCGGGCCUCCUCUCCCCGCCCGCCUCCGACUCUUCAGGCAGCGGAGUGUCGGCGGUAGCAGCGGCGUGGGGAGAGGAGGAGGGGGUGCUGCGCGCGGCGGAUGAGGGCGCGGGGAGCGCGGGGGGGCGGUGUGCGGUGUACACGUUCUUUGACCUGAACAGCGUGCAGGGGAAGCUGGAGGACGAAGAGAAGCUGGUGACGUCAUGGCAGCUGAGCUGGCAGCGGGCGGGGUGGGCACCCCAGGUGCUGCAGAAGAAGCAUGCGGGGCGGCACCCGCUCUUCCCCAACCUGCAGCAGCGCGCCAAGGCGGGCAACUGGGAGUUCAUGCGAUGGCUCGCCAUGGCAGUGUCAGGGGGAGGCCUGUACGCACACUACUCUGUGAUCAACCUCGGCCUGCCGCCACCGCCCCGCUGUUUCCAGUCCGCACUCACCGCUUUCGGG